GGCACGUGUACGAACCAGCGAGGGUGAAAAGUUUACCAGGUUACUGAAAUCAUCCGUGUCCGAGAGGACGUGUGUAGUUUAAUCGCAGCGUGUUGUUUUUGUUUUCGAGUGUUUGUUCGCUCGACGGGCAUUAACUUGUGUCGCCUCACUGUGUUUGGCCGCUGUCUCGUGGUGCCGACGCGGUUUGAAUGAUAAGCAAAGUGAGAGAUUCGUGAGUUAUUUGUUUUUGUCGGAAGCGAACAACCGUGCGUGGAGACGGCAUUUAGUGAAAUGCUGCCGUGAGUUCCGUGGACCUACAGCGUGGUCGAGCGGGCAUUUAACUGAGCCGUUUAAAUACCCGAGCAGAGAAAAUGGCCUAUGCAGGAAAAGAGAGCUGUGUUAGCCAGCAGGUACAACUUGAUUCUUGAAGUGUCCUCUGGAUGGGAAAGAUGGAGAGGGAGCUGCAAUGGUGGAAAGGACAGCUAGCGGCCGACAUCCAUCAGUCGCUCCGCAUCAAGGAGCUGAAGCUACCGGCCUACCGAGCCCACUCUCCACAGAUUGGCAUGCGGCGGUACUUUGCUGACUUGUUGGCCAUCCUGAGCAAUCGCUACCAGCUGUGUCCCACAGCGCGUCACCUGGCCGUCUACCUGCUGGACUUGUUCAUGGACCACUACGACGUGGCCGUCAAGCAGCUCUAUGUCAUCGCCCUCUCGUGUCUGCUCCUAGCCAGUAAAUUUGAGGAAAAGGAGGACCGGGUCCCCAAACUGGAGCAGCUGAACUCUCUGGGCUUUAUGUGCAGCCUGAACCUGGUUCUCAACAAGAAGGAUCUGAUCAAAAUGGAGCUCCUGCUGCUCGAGACAUUUGGCUGGAAUCUGUGCAUGCCCACACCAGCCCACUUUAUUGACUACUACCUCCAUGCGUCGGUGCAGGAGGGCGACCUAUACAACGGCUGGCCCCUCUCGUCCCUCUCAAAGACCAAGGCUUUCAUGGACAAAUACACUCACUACUUUCUGGAAGUCUCACUCCAAGACCACGCCUUCCUGAGUUUCAGACCGUCCCAGGUUGCUGCUGCGUGUGUGGCAGCAUCUCGUAUUUGCCUUCAGAUUUCUCCUAGCUGGACGACCGCUCUGCAUCUGCUUACGGGCUACACCUGGGACCACCUCACCCAGUGCAUUGAGCUCAUGCUGCUUGCUCAUGACAAUGACGUUAAGGAGGCCAACAAGACCAAAUCCACUCCUCCUCACCGGCCCUCCUCUCUGCAGUCCCAGCCCCAGACCUCUCACCUCUCUCCAAUGUCCGUCAUCCAGAGACCCUCCUCCUCCUCCUCCUCCUCCACCUCCUCCACACCACAGCUGCUCUUUCAGCCAGACGGCUUCCCGCACCUUUCCCAGCAUUCCCCGUCCCUGUCCCAUCUGCAGGCGCUAGCGGACUCCCAGGCUUUGGGGCCUGUGGUGAACAUGUCUCAGGACUUCCUUCAGAGCCACAGGAUGGGUCUCCUAGCUGGGGCUGCAUCCAUGACUCCUGUGGGUGGGUUCCCCUCCUACCCAAGCUUGACCUCCGGUCUCCAGCCGGGGGCUCGCGCGCUGCCGCUCCAGGGCCCCAUUUCCGUGCAGAUGGCGCUCGCCGGAGAGCCGCGCCACUGUCUGAGCAUGGCCUACAGCGGGGGGUACCUGGGGGCUCAUCACACGUUCACAGCGGGCUGCUUCGACAGGUGACGCCAGGAGACGGAGAGGGAACACAAACCCCUGCGGGAGUGCACUGCUAUGCUUCCGACUCAAUUCCCUACCCCGAACUAUCCUUUUACGGACCUCCUCUCUCUCUCCGUCAGCUCCGCAACACCUUCGGCUUGUCCCGCUCCCUCGUCCCUCACACAGAGACGCCUCAAACGCAAGCAGAGGUCCAAAGGCAAGUCGGACCCGGUGGAAGUGAUCACACUGACGUGACAAGCGUUCCACCACCUUGAAACACUGCGGCGUUGCAAAAAAAUGCUAUUGCCAUGAUCUGAACUGGUUUUAUAGAUCUGUGUUGUUAUGAGACUGUCAUCACUGUGAAUGAGAUGAAAGCAGCAGUGUGAGCUAACACCCACCUCAUUCAGUGCCUGUUCUCAGUCAUGUGAUAACUGAGCCAAUUUUAGAAGUGCACAGAACGCAAAGUAUCUGUGAUAAAGAUAUCUUGCUGCUCGACAUGAUUUUUUUUUUUUUUAACUGUCUAAUCCCAAAAAUGUAACGCAUAUUCGAGAGAAAAGAAUUGGCUUGUGGUUUUUUUUUGUUUGUUUUUU